AUGGGGAAAGUUUCUAGGCGAUUAGGGUUUUUGGGUUUGAUGCUUGUGGUACUCAUUAUUGGAGUUGCGGAAUGUAGGAGACUUGAGAAAGAGACUUUGGGAGGAGGUGGUUUUGGAGGAGGUGCUGGAGGAGGAUUCGGUGGUGGAAAAGGCGGUGGUGGGGGUGUUGGCGGAGGAGCUGGUGGAGGGUUUGGUGGUGGUCACGGUGGAGGACUUGGCGGUGGUGCUGGAGGAGGUCAUGAUGGCGGUGCUGGAGGAGGAUUUGGCGGUGGUGCCGGAGGUGGCCACGGCAGUGGUACUGGAGGAGGAUUAGGCGGUGGUGGUGGUCAUGGCGGUGGUGGUGGUCAUGGCGGUGGUGUAGGAGGAGGAUUUGGCGGAGGUGCUGGAGGAGGCCACGGUGGUGGUGCAGGAGGAGGCCACGGCGGCGGUGCAGGAGGAGGAUUUGGUGGUGGGGCUGGUGGAGGUCACGGUGGCGGUGCUGGAGGAGGCUUUGGUGGUGGUGCAGGCGGAGGUCACGGUGGAGGAUUUGGUGGUGGAGCUGGAGGAGGGCACGGUGGUGGAGCUGGAGGGGGCUUUGGUGGUGGUGCAGGAGGUGGAGGCGGCCAUGGUGGUGGAGCUGGUGGAGGUUUUGGUGGCGGUGCAGGUGGAGGAGGAGGCCAUGGCGGAGGGUUUGGUGGUGGUGCUGGAGGAGGCCAUGGUCGUGGAUUUUAA